GGCGAUAAGUGAAGCUAAGCCGUCCGAGGCUCCUCCCACCAACACGACAGCAGAUUUCUUCUUCUCUGGCGGAAGUAACGGAAGUACUCCACCUGACGGUGAACGAUCGCCCCCUACCGACACUGACCGCCCCUGCCCCCCAAAAAUCCUGUGCACGCCCCUGCUGGAGAGAGGAUGACUGGGGUGUAUUCAUAGACUGUAUAAGAUAUAUACAGUCUAUGGGUGUAUUGUGGACGGAGGGGGUGAAACGCACACUCCAGACCAGGUGGUGGCGCUGUUGUGUCAUUGCCGUGUUAGCCAACCACAAAAAAACAAAACAAGAAGACGAAGAAGCGAAGAGCAGGCCUGGAGUUUUAGGUGAUCGGAUUUGUCUUAGCAGCAGCGGAGGAGCUCAAGCUUGUGGCUCUCGGGAGAGGAGGUCGCGCGCGGACGGCUAACCGAGCUAGCUUACAGAUUCCUCCCGGUUGGCGGUGAAGUACCCGCACACGCACGCCUGCUGUGGGAUCGCGGCUCUACUGAAUGCCAACAUGGCGGCCAAAUCUGGUGAUGAACGCCUGAAGGAAAUGGAGGCUGAGAUGGCUCUUUUUGAGCAGGAGGUGCUUGGUGGUCCAGUGCUGUCAGGAAGCCCUCACGUCAUGGAUCAAGUCCCGGUGGCUUUGGCCGUCUCGGCUGUUCCAAUGGUGCGGCCGAUCAUCGGCACCAACACCUACAGACAGGUCCAGCAGACGCUGGAGGCCCGAGCAAACUUCGUAGGUCCUCCUCCACCCCCCUUCAUGGGACCAGGCCCCCCGUCUCGUCCUCCUCCCCCCAUUUUGAGACCGGCAUUCGUCCCACACAUCCUGCAGCGUCCUGGUGGUCAAAGGCUGCCAAUGAUGCGUGGACCUCCAGUCGCGCCCCCUCUGCCCCGGCCUCCUCCUCCGCCUCCUAUGAUGAUCCCUCCUCCUCUUCAGGGUCCUAUCCCUCAGGGACCUUCUCAGCCUCUUCAGCACAUGGCUGCAGCUCCUCAG